AUAAAUAAACAGACCAUCAUGGCUGCCACGGUGUCAUUUCGAUGGCUGGAAAUAUUGGAAAAAGAAUUCGAUAAAGGUUUUGUAGACCUAGAUUUGCUAUUAGGGGAAAUUGACCCUGAUCAAUGUGAAAUAACAUUUGAAGGUCGCCAAAAGAUGACUGCAUUAAGUGCAGCUUUCGCUCAGCUUAGCCACAAAGCACAGACCAUAUUCCAGUGCAACGCCAAAUUAGAGGUUGGUCGGCUUAGACUUAGACUACUUAGAGUUUAGAGUAGACUAGUCCUAGUCCUAGUGUAGUGACGAGUGUUAGAGACAAGUUAGAAUACAUAGAGCAGUGUUUCCCCAAUUUUUUUGGGGGGCCCAAGAUCUUAAUAACAUCUUAAAAGGUUCGAUGUCAACACGCCCUCCCUCCUUACCCUUUCCGUUUCCCCCCUCUGGUAACCCCCCUUUUAUACCCUUCUUCUCUCCCCCCCCCCCUUUUUCUUACUUUUUUAUAUAGAAACAGCUGAAACAAAAGCAGUUAUUUGGGACCAGGGUCCCUUUAGUCUUUAGACUAAAUGACUAUUCUGAUGUCAUUUGUGGUAGUUUAUUUUAGUUAAACUGAAGAAGUAAUUUCACAAACAUAGAUCUAUUGGCUAUAGUCCAUUCAAGUAUCUUUCAUUUGAUACCAAAUUUUGUGUUACAAACCCAACAAUAACAUUUUACAUAUUUUUUAAAUAAACCCAACCUCUCACUCUUUUCUGAUUCCGCAUAGCCACUUCAAAACCAAAAUGCUGAUAGUGGCAGGGCCAGCAAUGUCUUUCACAGUUUAUAGUAAUAUCAGAAUCUGUUCCCAAGUUCAACUACCACCCAUAGUUAUGUAUUCAAAAGUUUUCAAUUUUUAGCUCUCAAUUUAUUUCAUAAAAGUUUUUUUUUCUUAAGUUGGGGUGUUGUUUUUUAUUUAGUUUCUAAAUUAGUGGUGGUUUGGGGUGGGGUUGGGAAGGUGUCUCCCCUCCCCAGAAAAUAUGUGGCAAUGUUCUGUCAAAUUGUGACAUGAUUCAAAUUAAUAGCUGAAUAGCAUGUUGGUACUUCGUUUUUCAACCAUUCAAAACACAUCACUUUUAACAAUGCCUGCAACUUUUUUUGGUGUUCACCUUGGGGUGUUAACAAGGAUGAGCUUCUUUAAAAAAAUUUCCUUUGAACCUUGUAAGUUAAAUUUUAAUAAAAAUUAAUUGAAAUUUUCAUUUAAAUAUAUGUGUGUAGUUAAUGCCAUGGGUUUUGCCAAGAGUAAUCUCUCUCUUAUCGCAGUGACGUCACUUUGGGGAAUCCUAGUAUUGGACUUACGUGAUAGGGACCAACAGAAUGCUUGACGCUAGUCUAAUUACUAUUACAAUCUAUGAAAAAAUAAUUGUAGAAAUUAAACAUUUACCAAAAACAAGUAUAGGAUACCAAUGAAAUCUGAUUACAUUAAAUGCUAUGACAGGCUGGGUCCCUUUGGGGUGUAUGGAGCCAGAAGGCUCAAUGUUUUAAUGUGGUAAUGUGCUUGCGCCAUAAAUUUGUCACUUCCUGUAUCCACACUUUAGCAGAAAUCAUACCAUCUUCAUCAGAUUAAAAUAAAUUUUAUCUGAAAAGUAUAGGAUAUCUAAACGUUUAGAAUUGUGAUGUGCAGUUGUAAAAGAAAAAUCCACUGAGUCUGCACAUGGAAAUGGUCAAAGGAGGCGACCAAAGGUUUUUAGCUAGGUUUGGAAGCUUAUUUGAUAGAUAUAAGAAAGGUCACAUGCUCCAUUUUUCAGACAGCACAUGUUUUGAUUAUUUUAUACAGUAAAUAAGGUCAUAUUUGCCUGUAUGCAAAUCUAUGUGUCAAAAUCUAUGUAUCAAUUAUAUUAGUUCAGAAUGAAUAGGCUAAGUGACCUUCAUUUGUUGAUUUUUUACCAAAAAUUGACUUAUGACUGUUCACUUGACCUCUCCACCUUUCAGAGUAGACUAAAACCCAUUUUUGAAUAUUUUAAAGCAAUUAAAAACACUUAACAAAUAUUAAAGAAUUAUUUUUGAUACUUUAAAUUUAUUGUGUAAUAAAGUAACAGCACAAUAUAAAAACAAAAUAAUUGGGUCACAAGUCCAUAGUAAAAGAGGUCUAACAUAUUACCUAAAAAAAGACAUAGCUGAAAUAAAAAAAAAUAAUUUUGUUGGCCCUAAACAAAAGUUAAGUCAACAAUUUGCUUCUUGCCUGCUGUGUGGUUAAUUUCUUCUCGAAUCACCAAUUUUUCUAACGUCUUAAAAAUGUACCCUAUAUUAGAGCACUAAACCCACAUUAAUAAUCAAAAUGAAUAUUAACUUGGGAACGGAAACAACAUCACAUUUUUGGUUGUCUAAACUAUUUAUUUCUUUCCUGGUGGUGGUUAUAUGGUUUUGAGUUUAACUUUGCGAUCAAAAUGUUAAUGGCCCAAAACAUCGAGGAUGAAGCAGGCAUAUGAUGGCAAUACAGGAAGUUAGAGAGAAGCAUACCAGAUCUAUUAUGCCACCCUGUGAAAGAUAAAUGCAUCACUAACUCUCAGAGAUAUUUUUGAUUAUAUUAUUUUGACAUAUUCAGACCUGCCAACCCUUCCGCUUUUGUCGGAAUUAUACAGAUUUUUACCCCUCAUUCCAACCUUCCGACAAACCCCUUAAAACUCAGAUUCUUCUAACUUUAUAAUUUUUCACCUGUCAUAAAAAUCUGAAAGCGUUGAAAAUCAGGAAGUGUUGCAUUUGUUUUUACGAAGUGCAUACAAGUCCGUCAACCGGACGAAUAAGUGAAUAAAUUCUCGAGAUAUUCGCCCGGCAAGUAUUUAUUCGACCAAGUCACAUGACCACCGUAACAAAGUUUCGCAAGAUAUUUGUACGUCAGCCUUGUCAUGUGACUGCUAAUAGUUGAUCAGAGUUUACGGUACUUUAUUUCAACUUCAUUUCAACUAAUUCGAUAUAGUCUGGACUUUUACAUGAAAAGGAAAUAUGUUAGAUUAUAAAAAAGAAAUACUAGAACCAUAUAUAAUUAACAAAUGGUUAAAAAGUGACAAUGUUUUUUUUAAAGAGUGACAUAUCUCCCCCACUAUUUGUCUGGUCGUCUGACGUGUAGACACUGCCUUGUUUUAAUCGAAGCGAACCGCGAUCUUCAAAUCAUUCUUCAAUCAUCAAUUGAUCCGAUCUUGAUUCAUCCUUUUACAAGGCUAAAAAAUAAUUCAGACUUUUUUUUGUUAAAGCUUUUCUUAAUGAAAUGAUUAAAUCUAUUGCAAGUGAUGGGUACAAUGAUAUUAAUAAAUAUUGAAGGAAAUAUUUCUCUAGCCAACUCCGAUCGUUUUAAUGUCAGAGUCAAAGAAAUGUUUCCAGACUUGCAGAAUGCUAGAAGAUUGUAUAGAAAAAUUACAAUGAAACAAGGGCAAGUAUGACAGUUGAUACCUUUUCUAACCUCCUGGUAACUAAAACCAACUGCAAUGCUAACCUUCAGUUGUUUAAGGAGCUGUUGGACAAGUGCAAAAAGGCCACUAGGGAUAUGCUGGAAAACUGAAAUUACUAAGAGUCUUAGCAGCCUAAGUGUGUGUACAUAUGUAAAAACAAAAAUGGAACUUCUGUUCUGUACUGUAUAUAGCUGUAUAUAAACAUUUCCAGUAAUGUUUUUCUCAUGUUCUUUGGUGUUCUGUGGACCCUUCAAAGACAAUGGAGGUACCUUUAUAUUUCUUUAUUUACUAAAUAAGGCUUGUGCAUUAGUAUAAAUAUCUUAAACAAACCCCCAACGGGGCGCCUCCUCUGUGGGGCAGCGGCCCCACUUCCCCCCUGUGUGCAACCCCCUACAGACUUUUUUCUUGGCAGGUUAGAAGGUCUGCAUAUUUCAAGGUCACAUAUUUUUAAAGCAUCCAUAAGGGUCACUGCGUACAAAAAAAAUUGGUAUAAAAGAAUAGAACACAGUAAAAUAUCAAUGGAAUCCACCAUUAAAAUGGCGAAUGAGCAAGAAAUGCGAGUAGCAAUCUGAUUAGCUGGUACGAGGACCAACCAGCCAAUCUCAAGUUUUUAUUAUUGGGCUGAUAGAGCUGCCCUUUGUAUUUUUUGCCAUAACACUCUGGGCUGAUAGAUUGGCUAACACGCCUCAAGAGGGUUAGUGUAAAAAAUUUGAAUGAAAAUAAUUUUUGUGAUAGUUUUAAGAUAAAAAUUUUUUUGGAGAAAUUAUAUUUGUUAAAGGGGCUAGAAGUAGUUUCAGACACUAAUUAUUAAGUAUCAUAUAAUUAAUGCAAACUUCCUUGUGCAAAAAAUUGAAAAGGUAGUAAAUAUGCCACUAGAGAGCUAGUUUUUGUGCCCUGGCUAUAUGUUUUAGAAAUAUACCACUUAUACGCACAUAUAUAAUUAUAACUGAUAAAAGAGAUAUAUUUAAAGGAAACAAUAACCAGCAAUGUAUGCAUUGUUUAAUAUUCACAAUUAAAUUUUAUUUUUUAAAAAUUCACAGUAAAAUCCAUUAUAAAUUUCAGUUUGCAGUUUUCCUACAAGAAGUGAUUCUGUGGCCUUUACAUACUUGCACAUUGGCAUGAAUAAUUCUUUAAUUCAUUACCUGCUCAUAAUUAGUUCAAUAGUCAUACAUUACCUAAUUUGCCUUUAAAAAAAAUGUAUGUAGCUGAUCUUAAAAUAUCACAAAUAAGCGUUAUUUUUAUUAAUUUUAAGAAAAGAUGUUAAGUUUCCUUGUAUAGGGUUAUGCCAGCACAACAGUCAGGUGAAUUUUCUAUUUAUUUAAACACAAGUUAAUAUAAACUCAAUUUUUAAACCGAUUUUAAAGUCUUUAGCCUUUUAUGCAAAUAAAAUGCAUUAACAAAUCAUAUUUCUAUAAAAAGUGCCAUUGAGCCAAAGAAAGAUGAAAGAUAUUAAGUAAUAUAUUUAAAAGAGCCUUUGGCACUAACAAACUGUGGAGAUUAAAUGCAUGCACUAUUUUCAGCCAUAUGUUGACAAAUUCUAACCUCAAUUCAUUUUUGAAGUGUUUAUUUUAUCAGUAUUUAUUUGUAUAUUGAUCAGGAUUAUCUUUAAAAUUUAUGAAUUUCUGAAAACCCAACAGUUAGUGUGAGCUGUUGUCCUACCCUAAUGUCAAUAAGAAAGUGAAACACCUUGUUCAGAUUUAAAAGAACAAAAUACAAAUAUUUUUUUGAAUUUUCUUUAAAAAUGUGAAUUGUAGUUCUAAUCUUGUUGAUACAAUUGCUUGUCUUAGAAUAAAGAUUUUCGUCAAUUAAAACUGAGCUGUAAAAAAAUAUUUAAAGAUAACCUUAAAGUUAAGUGAAAUACAAAUUGAAUCAACCACAGUGAGACCAAAGCAUAGCACCAGGCAAUGGGGGUGUUGUUGGUGUACUUAUGGAUGUUUUAUGAGUGGUUUAUUACCUCAAUACAUCACUUUUUUUUGUUUUGUUUGGAAAAUAAACUUGUGUCCGAUAAAAUUAAUUUUUUGUGUUGCCCCAGUUUGUCUCAUAUUGCAUCCAUAAUAUUAUUUCCUAUGGUGUUGUUGAUUAUAUGCAGGCUCAGCUGGUAGACAUGAGAUCAGAUAUGAUAGAAGUGCAGGCAGCCAAAACAGUAGUGGAGAGGGAGCUGCACACAUUGCUGCUACAGCUUCACUCUUCCCAGUUAGAGGUGCAUGAGCUCAGGGGACUUGAAGUAGACUCACAGGAAAUCAAGAAAAAGCUGGUAAAGGCCCUUCUGAAAUAAAUCAAAAGAUUAAAGAAUCUUUUUUUGAAUGUGCUCCAUUACUGUUUAUUACCAUGAGAAAUUUUGGAACAAAAAAUACUAACAUACUUUAAGUUAGGGAUUAGCAUUAUGCGCACAAUCAUGUGUUUGCAAUGUUUUCAUGAAACUAUACAUUUAAACAUACCGGGUAACAACAACAAAAUUUUGAAUACUCUUUCAUUCUAAGAUGUUUAAUACUUUCUUCAAAUUUUGAGUUUUUACAUCAAUAAAUACCAAUUUUGUAAAAAGUUACCUGAAAUUAUGAAUUUGGUAGCAAUAUUCAUAUUGUUAAUGGUAAUUCAUUGGUUAAUUCUGCUAGGUCUAGUAAUACAGGUUCCUGUAAAUGUAUGUAUCUUGAAUUUAAAUCCAGCAAAUGAAAUAUAGCCCAUCUCACAAAAGUAUAUUGUGUUCACUGUUUUAUAACCUUAUGUUUCUUUUUUCUAGGAAAAAGACAUGUUAUGGAACAAGAUUAACAAAUCGAAUUAUAUUGCAUCAUAUAUUAUAAGGCUUUUUUCAAACACAAAGUUAAGGGUUCACAUUAAACAGGGAUCACAUUAUAUGCUUCAAUUUGCAGUAGUUAGUGUUUGGAAGAGGAGACCUUUACAAAACCCUCUGUAGACAGAUACCUCUUUUUUUAAAAAACUUACAGGAAGCGGAGCUGACAAACAGACAACAGAAUUCUCAAGCUGUGUCAAGGUUGGAAGCAGAAGUAAAAAUGUUGCGUAAGGACAACCAUGAGCUGAGGCUGAAUAUUCUGGCAUUACAGAGUGAAGUUUAUGGUGCCAGGCUGGCUGCAAGGUAUCUGGACAAAGAACUUGCUGGAAGGUAUUUCAUUUUAACUCUCAGUAACUGUUAAUUGUGUUCAGUCAUUUAUAUUUUUAUUUAGGUGGUACCAGGUUUCAUAAUGUCAUUUGUUUAUUUAAACAAAAUAUUGCACUAUAUUCAUUUGCUGUCUACUGCCUGCCUUUAACUAGAUGUAAUUUUUUUUUAUCUUACCUCACUGUCAAACCAUAAAAAAUAGAUUAGAUGUUUAUCUAUUUAAAAAAAAUAUUUUUGGAAAACUGAAAAAGACAAUUUAUAUUGUAAAAACCAACAACCAAUAAUCUUUUUGAAAACCAACAAAUGGAAAUUAGGCUAUUCUGUAAGAUCCUUUAAAUAAAUAAAUUUUUGUAUAUUUUGCUUUUAAACUUGACGUUAAAUUAUUUAUUCUUGCAACCCCGGGUCAAUAAUAUUUAAUAUUAACCUUAAUUUUGUGGAUAAAAUGAAUGCGAAAGGUGACUUCAAUAUCAUAUCCAUUUUUCCUCCUCAUUAAUUAACUUUGUGAGAAUUAUUUGCUCAGUUUCUUAUAAAGUUAAAAUGGAAAGGAUGAACUAAUACAAUUGCAUUGUGGUUUUUAAAAUAAAAAUCUAACCUGUGAUCACCCUGAUUAUGCAGCUUGUCUACAUAGUUCAUAACCUUUAAUUCAGAUUAUUAAUCUAAAAUGUGACUUGAAAAGAUGGUGGUGGUGUCACAUGACCACCCCUGAAAAUGUAUUUUUGUUAUUCCCUGUUUAGACAACACCACUAAAGAAAGAAAAGACUUCUAGGCUCUUUUAAUUUGAUUUAUUUUAAGCUGUUCAGCCAGCAUCAACUGAACCUGCCUUUUUACUUACUGCAAAAGUGAGGUAUAUUUUAUAUCACAUCUCUAAUGUAAGAUUUGGAUGUAUUUAAGAGCAAAGAGUAAGUAUUUGAUGAUCAUCAAGUUUUAAGGAGUAGUAUUUUCUUAAAACAUUUGAAAAUGUCACAAAUAUUGUUACGUGGGAUAAAGAAAAAUCUUUAUGUUUUCUGAAUAAUUACAAAAGAAAAGUUUGGUAUCCUAUUCAAAAUUUCCCCAAAAAUGUACAAAAAGAAAGAAAAAAAGAAAAGUCUAAAAAAAAAAUACUUUUUAACAUUUUAUCAAUGUUUUGAAUGCAUGAAUAAAAAUGAAUAGUCUCCCCUUGGCUGUGCGCGUAUUUAGUUAAGUAUGUUUACAUCAUUCAUAAAUGGAUCUAUCACAUCUUUUAAAUAAAAAUAGCUUGUUAGAAGUUCGAUAUUUGUCAAAUUUUGAUAUUUUUUUUGGACUGGCCAGUAUCAAUUUUAUUAAAAAUAGGCAGAUGACAAAUUUGAUAGCAAUUUAAAUGGAAUUAGACACAAUUCUUUGGUUAACCAAGAAAAAUAAAGUUCGUCUUAGAAGACAAAGUUGUUGAAUUUACCUUCAACCUAUAACGUUUUUUUUCAAUUUACCAGAGGUAUUGUAAUAAAUAGGAAUAUUGACAUUCUAGUAAUUGCUUGAUAAUAAUAUUAAAUAUAUUUAAUUAUUUAAUAUCAAUUAUAAGAACACUUGAUAACUCAGCAGUUCUUGUUAAGAAUUACUCAAAUGGAUUUGUAAGUUUGGUUUACUACUCAAAGUACUACGCUGUCUUAGUAUUAUAAAUGAAACCACCUGUUUCUAAAUUUAGAUCGCCCACCGAUCCUCAGCUUAGUCAUUUUGAAGUGACAAAUUAUUUUAGCUUCUUCUUGUUGCCCAACAUUGAAUUUAUGGCACCACCAGUUUUGAAUGUGUGUCUUGUGCAAAAAUACUAGUCUAAAUUCAUUGGAAGACAGUCAAAAUGAUUGUAUGGCCAUACACCUCCUCAAAUGUAAAAAAACUGUACAAAUUACGGGUAAACAGUACCAGUUGGCAUUCAUAAUUAAUCUUUGAUAUUAAAACAAAGUAUCAUACUUUGUAUCAAACACUUGCCAUGAAAGAAGAGUAAAGGUAAAAAAAUAACAUAUCAAGACUGCUGAAAUAGUUCUUCUAGUAUUAGGAGUUGCAUGUAUUUAUCGUUUUGGGUUUGAGAUUAUAAAGAAAAGUGUUUGAUGGAGACACUAAAGAUCACAUUUUAAAAAAAUGUAUAAUCUCUUCCCGCUUAAUCACACUCAUUCAAUGGCUGAGCAGGUAAUGAGUGCACAAUUGAUACUAUACAAAUUGUAUCAAAUUCCAAUAAUUUACAAUUUAGAAAACACUUGCUUGCACAAUUGCAUUGGGACAGAUCCCUAAAGUAAACUGAAACAGUGCAUUUUUUCCAUAACACGGGAAAGUGAUUAGAUUGACAGGCAGUGUAUUGGCAAAUCUCAUUAAAUUUUGUUAAAAUGUUUAUGUUUUCUGAACAAUUACAAAGGAAAGUUUGGUAUAUCCUAUUCAUGUUUUCUGAGCAGUUUUUUUUAUUCUGUCAUAGUCAUUUCAUUUUAUUGAGGUACAGAUGUGCCGUGAACACCACCGCCCAGCCCACCCCUCCCCUCCAACCCAAUAUACAUUUCUAAUGGCAGGGUGCCCUCCUCAGUUCAACUAACCACUGUGUGCUUUCUGCAUUAAACCUUUAGUCAAAAAGCUUACACCUUUGAAAUGGUGUAAAACACUGCCGCAGUUUAAAUCAAAAUGUGGCUCUUUAAAAAAAAAGUUGUGGUUAUAGCCGUUAUGUUACAAAGUUAAGUGUAAGUAGUGAGUGUUUUAAGCAUAAAGAAGCCAGCUGGGCUGGUUACAUGUUGCAAAUCCCCUUUCCUGUCUCCCCCGUGUUAAACAGAUGGGGGCUGCCACCCUCCAUUAGCUCAACGUUUUCAGCUCAUAAGGAUUUAAGCAGUUUUACAAGCUUAUUUGUUUUGGUUUGAAAGAAAACAAGCAGGUUGAAUUUCCCUGGGCCCUGUAUCCAUCUGUUGGUGUUGCCUCCCCUUUCAGGUGUAAUGUACUGCAUUGGCUGGCUGCCAAUUAGAGUUAAAACUGCUGGGCCCUGUGUGAUCAUUACACUGAUUUGUUCAACUCUUGUUUUGAAGGUUUUCUUCCACUGCCUGAAAGUGUUCAACUAUUUUUGACAAGAGUUUUCAUAAAGUUUUUUAAAAUUUGUUUUAUGAAAAUGCUGUUUAAAUUUGAGAGGGGGUGGGUGGGGGGGGGGGGAAUUUUGAAUUAUUUGUAGCUUGAAAAUAUGAUAAUAAGUUUACUGAUUAACAUGAUAUAUUAUUAUUUUAAUGACAAUUUUUUUUUUUUUUAAAAUAUUUUAAGUUUUUUAAAAUUUGUUUUAUGAAAAUGCUGUUUAAAUUUGAGAGGGGGUGGGUGGGGAGGGGGGAAUUUUGAAUUAUUUGUAGCUUGAAAAUAUGAUAAUAAGUUUACUGAUUAACAUGAUAUAUUAUUAUUUUAAUGGCAAUUUUUUUUUUUUUUUAAAAUAAUUUCACGAUGAACUAUUUAUUGAUGAGAGAUAAUACUUCUGGCAGAUUCAAUUUACAUGUCUUAAAGUUUGUGUUUAGAAAAACUUCUAUUGAAAAAAGUAAACACCAUAGCUACUUAUUCUGUUUGUUUUAAAAUGGAAUAAUGGUAUAAUUUUAAAAAAAAAGGAUGUUGUAAUUUAAAUCAGAGCCAGACCAUCAUGUGUAAUUGAAGGAAGAUGCAUGAAACAGGAUGAGUCAGUUGUGUUGCUAGCUAGGGAAUGUCAGAUUUAAAGACUAUGCUUAGAGCUAGGAUUGGAGAAAAGGGAGGUGGAUGGGGUCUCGCAAAAUGGCAAUUGCUAUUCAAUUGAGACCAUUUUGCUUGGCAUAUUUUAAUAGAUAUUACUAUUCUAAAUCUGUUUUACAAACUAACAUAGAUUUAUCUUGUGGUACGUCCCUUAGAUCAAAAUUAUUUAAAGUAAAUUUUCAAUAGCCUUGAAAAACCUUAUUUAAGACAGUAUCUCUGAUGUGUUUGGCCUUUUAAGAUUAUGGGCACCUGAUAUGUUUUUACAGGACAAAUCUUUGUGAAGAGCUCCACAUACUUUAACAUAUCACUGAAAAUAUUUAAAAAAAUUUAAAUCACAUUUAAAAAUAUACAUUUUAUUUUAUAAUUUUUCAUCCACACCAAACUGAGUGAUCCAUGUUGUAGUUAGCACUUCUUUAUUUUAUCUACAUAUUGUGUCCAUAAAAUACCUUGCCUCCCAUUAGCUGCUCACACCCAUUGAUAUUAGUCCAUUAUUAACUGUAAGGCUAAGAACCAAAGAUUACAUCACUCAGCAUACCUGUUUAUUAAUGACAGCACCAUAAAGUGCUUUUUGUUUUUCUUAUGAACCAGAAAUAGACAGAUUUUCUUUGUGUAGAAUUUUACAAAUUCUUAGUGCUUCAGCAACUUCAUUGAAUCCCCUAUCAGACCUGUCUCCUCCUGCUAUUCUCAUACUCCAAUGAAAGCUCUGCAUGGGCAAGCUGAUUUGUAAAAUUGAACCAAUACUUACAGUUUUUCUCAAAUUUCAUUAACGUUAGAAACUUGAUCACCAUGACUAAAUGUGAGCAGAUGUGGAGUGGAAAAUCAAUCCAGUUAUUAUAGAAGGGACAAGGUUUAUAUUUUUGGGGACGCACCAUCCCCAAAAAAAAAAAAGUUUAUGUUUCACAACCUAAUUGGACAUACUUGUUUUUGUCACAUGUGUUUCAGUUGGUGAAAGUUUCUACUUUUCCUUCAUCUUUUACCCUGGACCUACUUGUCCUUCAUCAUUUCCGAUGAUUCAGUCAUAAUUAUAUUUUGUUUAUUUACCAGAAUUCAACAAAUCCAGUUGCUAGGAAGGGACAUGAGAGGGGCUGAACAUGAUAAGUUGUGGAAUCAGCUGGAGGCAGAAAUCCAUCUCCACCGUCACAAGACUGUCAUCAGAGCAUGCAGGGGACGUAACGUUCGUAAGAAGAAGUUACCCAUGCCCCCUGGCCACGUAAGAAAACGCUUUCAAAUUUCUGGAUUUUUUUUUUAUGCCUAGUAUGAAAAGUACUUGCUGUAACCGACAUGAAUGGGGAACUGAUAUUGAAAUUUAACUAUAAAUGAACAACAAAAUAUUGAUUUAAAACUUGUGCACUUUCUGUCGUUAUGGGGGAUUUUAUUUAAUGUGGUUCAGUAUCAUGGGCAUGACAUUUAGAUAUUGACGGCAUGACUUUGAUAUACGGGGCAACCAAAUUUUAAUAAAAGUUGAAACGACCACACUAAUGUCUCUAAAUAUGUCUGGCACCUUGUCACUCUUUUUGUAGAAUUUCCAAGAGCUCAAGAAAAAGCAUGGGCUAGGAGACACAAGAACAGUAACGGUGCACAAGGAACCAGAAGAAGGUCUUGGCAUGUCUAUAACAGUAAGUUAAAGUUGGAACAUUUAAGAAAUCAUCAACUAAUUAUAACUUUGAACAUUUUUUUAAAAAAAUGGUCUAAAUAAAAAAUGAUAGUCAAAUGAAAUUUAGUUCAUAUAUUAAAAAAAAAAAUCAAAUUGCAAUGUUCCCUACCAUGGAUAAACUAAAAAUUUGUCAUGAGAGACACCUAUUUUGAUUGUUUGUUACUUGUUGAUCAGAAGAUGUUGUUAUGCACAGCUUCAUGUCCAUUGUCUUGUCUGACAGGGUGGCAAAGAACAUGGGGUGCCCAUUCUCAUCUCAGAGAUUCAUGAAGAUCAGCCUGCACACAGGUGCGGUCAGCUCUAUGUGGGUGAUGCUAUUUUAUCUGUCAAUGAUAUUGAUUUACGAAAUUCCAAGCACGCUGAAGCUGUCAAAAUUCUUUCGCAACAGGUAACCAGUGUUUUGUGGUUGAAAUUUUCUAGAAGCUCAUCAAUCAUUUCAUAUUUAUCAUCCCCUUAUGAUGUUGAGAGUGUUUAACUUUGUAACAACAAAGAAGUAUGCUAUUUAAAACAGAAUCAUUUUGUUGUUGUUCUUUUCAUUCAGACAAUUAAAACCUAGUAAUUUAUUUAGUUGAAGUAUGGAUUGGGGGUGGGGUAUUAAAUCAUUGAUCAAUGUGUAAAUCACGGCUCAAUCUAAGUAUCCAAUCAUAGGUCUUAGUGUAUUCAUUUGCAAAUGAAUGUUCAUCCAAAUAUGGUACAUUCAAUAAAAGGUUAACCUAACAGUGUUAUCAUUAUUUCAGCAAGGAGAUAUAACAUUGUCAGUGAUGUUUGUAGCACCAGAUGAGGAUAGUGAUGAGGAGAACAAUGAGUAUGAGGAUGAGUAUGGAUUUAGGUAAGUUGACUGGGACAUGGGCUGUUCAAUGAAAAAACACAAUGCGUUGUAUUUAGUUUAUAUCAAAGAUUAAGUUUUAAUGGGAAAUCUACUCAGACAACCUUUGCCUUGAGUGUCAUAGAACAGUUAUUAGUGGAUCCUAAAUCUUGGUCACACAUUAUUUUUUUGUAGUGAAAAUGGGAAAUUCAUCAUAAGGGACUGAAAUAGUAGACAUAGCUUUAUUUCAUGGUAUCCACCCUUCUCCAAGAGAAAAGGGUGUAAUUUCUCUGAGAGUGUCUCUGGUGAAAAAACAAAGCCUGUGUAUUUUUUUUUGGUUGAGAAUCAAGUGUUUCAAAGUUUGGACAUAAAAGCAUAGAUUUCCAGAUGAUUGUUUGAAGACAAACUGUUUUUAGUCAGGUAAAACAUCCCGUUUUUAUCUCUGACUCGUGAACAUAAAGCUGAUUGGCUUGUCUCCAGAUAUAGGAUAUUUGAUGAGGAAGUCAUGGGCUCAGCCUCAGCGGAAGAAUGCACCAAUGACCUAUCAGGCCAUGUCAAUGGACCAACAUCCCCCCAACCUGCUGGGAACAGCAGAAACUCUGGGGACCUCUCUGACAGGUCAGUUUUAACCACUCACAGACAGUUGCUUCCAAUGCUUAUCAUGUAAACUGGAAUGCAGACUUUAAAAAAUUGUAUGGUCCAUAUUUUGCAGUUGAACUGUGAAAUUUUUUUUCAUUAAAAUUUUUAAAAAAUUUUAUGCAUAACAUAAAAUUAUGAAGUUAAUAAUUUUUUACAUUCUCAAAUUCCUUGUUAUUUUGUUCCUGUAUUUAUUUGUGUUUGUCUUGUGCUAUUAAACUAGAGAGUUCAGUAAUUAAGCUCUCAAAAUACUUUUUUAAAAAAAUUGUCGCCACUAUUUAUUAACAUGCUAUAUUUGGAGUAUUCCUUAAUCUGCUUUCAGUCUUCUAGAAGAAAUUCUUUCAUGAUAUCAAAAGCUGCCUCUGCAUAGAAUUUUGAAAGUUAUUUGGUCCAUCCUGUUUUUCUAAGAAUCCUGUCUACUCUUUAUGAAUACCUCUUUUUUUCUUGAACCUGCCCCCCUGGUGACUGCACUAGAGAAACUAAAUUUAUAACAGCUCACUAAUGAGGUUUAUAAUUACCGGAAAGCAAGAAUCUUACAGCAUUUCACUAAUGAGGUCAAUACACCCCUCAAGUCAGGUGAUCUGCAAGUGUAAUUAACUUUUCCUUUUCAUCCCAAACUUUAAAACUUCUGCUCCUAGCUUUGAUCAUUUUACCUUUAUUUUCUCCCUUGAAUUGGGUAAAAGUUAAGGGAGGGGAGAUGUAUGUGGUGUUGAAAUUUCUGUUUUUCCUCUUGUUUGCCUUCUGUUUAACGCUCUGUGGUAUGAGUUUUAUUUAUUUUAUAAUCACCCUAGGGCCCUAAGGGUUUCUGGAUAUCAAAUAAGAUGGCUGAAAUUACAAAUGAAUCUGAUCUAAAAACUUGUUUUUAAACUGCUUGUUUAAGGGAGUUAAAUUGAAAAAUACCACAUAGUGCCAACACACAACUGUUGAAUUGUUGAAUUCACUAAGAUAAAUUUUGAAUGCAUAUUUUCUUUGAGGAGCUAGGUGUUCAAAGAGAAGAAAAACAAUUUUUGAAGAAAAUAGUCCCCUGUUAGAAAACUUUUUUGUAAAAUUGAAUCCAGACAUUUAAAAUAGGUUGACUAUCUCACUUUGGUCAAGACAAUUUUUUAGUUUAGUCGUUUUUUGUCUUUUGUUUUGUCCAAUUAUUUUUGUUAAUUAUUCUUCUACUAUUAUCAAUAUUUUGUACACUUAUUAUUUGUAGUAUUUCAGUUUUCUUAACUAUCUUUGGGGUUCUAUCUUAGAUUUAAGUCAAUUCUUGGAAUUUUGCACAUUUUUGUAUAAACUUUAAAUCCAUCUUCUCAUGAGUCUUUCACUCUCAGUUGCAGAAAACCCAAACAAAAUAUUUUUUUGUUUGUAAUUGAAUUCCGGUGAAGACAUUCAUAACAUUUAGACUUAGGACCUAGAUUCAUUGGUUUAUCAUCAAAUCUUGCUAUGUUUGUUUUUUCAACAAGAAUUCAAACAAGCUGUGUUUGAAAAAAAAGUUAACAAUUUCAGGUUAUUUUGUUUUCUAUUAACCUUUAAUAAUAAUUGUCUCAAUGAACUUGCUUUUUUUCCCCCUUCUCAACAGCCAUAAUAAAGGUGGGCCAGCCAACCCCUCAGCAUCGCCAUCAAGCCCUUCAACUCCUGCAGGUCCAGGCAGUCACCAUCCCGCCAUCUUGAAUCCGGCUGUCACGCAGGUCAGACCCAACGGCAUUCCACAAAAUCAACAGUCCUCUGCAGCCUCCUCCUCGGCCAGUAGCUCCAGCACGACAAAUUUGUCCAAGGGGGGCGGAGCUGGCAAAGCCAAGCAGUGAACGGUCUAGCAGGUGAUAACUGUGAUAGUUUGGGUGGUCCUCUUGGGCAUAACAUUACGCCUUAAUGUCUCAGUCUACUUGUAUACAAAUUGGUUUCUUGCUUUGGCUUUAUUAUAUUUUUGUUGUUGUUGCAAGUGGUUGCAAGUAAGUUGGUCUUGGCUGGUGCUCAGUUUAAAAUUAAAUUCACUCAUGUCAGUCGAUGAUCUCAUCAAAUGUGCUUGUAGAUUUGCAAGCUUGAUUUGAUUGAUUGCACUUUGACAACAAGCAAACACCGGAUGCCCCCCACCUGAAUCUCUGCUUUUUAUUGUGGACAAGCCUAGGCAGAAACAAGAAAUAGGCUUGUUGUUCUCACAGUAGCUGGGUGCAGAUGUCCUCCACCAGCAUGAGCACCUGCAUGAGAACGUCUUGGAACAAAUAUGUCUGUUUGAUUAUUUUAAAUGUUUUAUUAGGCGGAUUUACCCCAUUCAUUAUUAUUUUUGUUGCUCAGUGGGCUACACUUGUGGUGAUGUUAGCUAGAGUCGAACAUUCGUGCAGUUUAAGUUGAAUCAGUUUGGCUGUUUUUUUUGUUGUUGGUUUUUUCGGUUUGUACUUUUAUAAAUUUUGAAUGAAAUUAAUUUAACUGGUUUACAAAUUAAACAAAAAAUUUAUUGGCAUCAGAAGCAUUCAUGCAUUUAUCAUUUUGAAGGAAAAUUUACUUUCAUUAUAUGCUAGUUCAUUCUGAAAUAUUUAAUAAUGCAUUGAUGAAGUGUGGUAGGUGUUAAAGUGCUUCAAUUGCACUGCGGAUGAAAUACAGUGGCUCUCAAACUGUACCCCAUAAUAUAAUAGAGUGGGAAAAAAAUGAUAAUAUUAACACGUUGAACCCCUUUCAAUUCAACACAAUCUGGUUUUUGUGUAGAAUAUUACUGUUUAAACAAAAAUAAUUAAGUUUGGCGUUAACAGUUUGGGAACUGCUGUAGUGACUGCCUGUUUUAAUAAUAGUCUUUGAAACUAUUGGCUGUGCUUGACAUUGUAAAAUUAACUUAUUUUAACCUAGGGAUAUAGUUGUCAUAAUGCAUGUGGAUGCAUUGUUGAUCAUGUAUAAUGAAUUACAGAGAAUUAAAGUAAAUGUAUGUUCUUUUUAAUAAAUUAUGACAAACUGUAACUCAUAGCUUGUAAUCUAUAUUUGUUUUAAGAUGGACCAUCACUUUCAAUCUGUACAGGUUAGAAUAUAGACCAUCACUUUCAGUCUGUAUAGUCACAAUAUAUAGACUAUCACUUUCAGUCUACAGUUAGAAUAUAGACCACCACUUUCAGUCUGUAUAGUCACAAUAUAGACUAUCACUUUCAGUCUACAGUUAGAAUAUAGACCAUCACUUUCAGUCUGUACGGUCAGAAUCUAGACCCUAACUUUCAGUCUACAGUUUGAAUGUAGACCAUCACUUUCAGUCUGUACGGUCAGAAUCUAGACCCUAACUUUCAGUCUACAGUUUGAAUGUAGACCAUCACUUUCAGUCUGUACGGUCAGAAUCUAGACCCUAACUUUCAGUCUACAGUUUGAAUGUAGACCAUCACUUUCAGUCUGUACGGUCAGAAUCUAGACCCUAACUUUCAGUCUACAGUUUGAAUGUAGACCAUCACUUUCAGUCUGUACGGUCAGAAUCUAGACCCUAACUUUCAGUCUACAGUUUGAAUGUAGACCAUCACUUUCAGUCUGUACGGUCAGAAUCUAGACCCUAACUUUCAGUCUACAGUUUGAANAAAAGGAAGAAAAAAAAAAGGAAACAAAAAAAGGUGGGGGGGGGGGGGUGACAUGAAAAGACAGCCGCAGACAAUACAAAACAAGAACAGCGGAUAAUUAGAAAUUUAAAAAAACCUUGUGUUUUAGGAAGUCCGAAUGAAGUCAAUGUAGCUCUAUAAUAGUGCUAGUAAUGCUAGAAUAUUCAUUCCAUCAUUGUCCAAAAAGCUGAUUACCGAUUAAUGAAGUCUAACUCUGUUAAUAGAAACCAUUAGGUUAUAUAACUAGGCAAAUAUACCACAUUGGAGGCUGGCUCUAAAGCUACUUUGGUGGCUGACUCUAAAGUUACAUUGGAGGCCGCCCUAAAGUUACAUUGGAACUAAUGUCCACACCAGUUAAGUAAAAUCUCUGAGAAAUCUGUCUCUUCUUCUUCUUUGUAUCAGAAAUGUCCCCAUGUAAAUUUACACUGACCAUUUUGAGUAUUAAUCUCCUGAACAAAUACGAUCCCCUCUGUAAUCUCUCACCCAUAUAGCAUUUUUUUUUCAAUAUCAUUAUGUGCACACUAUGGACAUAAUGUGCAUGUAAUAAACAUCAUAAAAUGUCAUGUGUCAAUAUCAUGUGCACACUUUCGUGGACACUGUUAUAAUGUGCAUAUUAUUAAUUAUGUUCACAUUAUCAUAAUGUGCACAAUAUAACAUUCAGACUAUCAUAGUGUGCACAAUAUCAUAAUGUGCACACUAUCAUCAUUAUAAUGUGCACACUAUGGACUUAUGUUCAACAGAAUACAGUGCCUUUAGUCUCCACUCAGUAUUUCAGGACAUCAUCUUUCAUUAUCUCAGUUGAUACAAGUUGUUUCCUCUACUCUCUUGUAAUGUAUUGAUGAAUUUUUUUUAAUUUUACAGUGUCACAUGUGCAAUGUACCAAAAGAUUCUAAUAUAUAAUAAUAACUCAUUGUUUUAAUGUGAUGUGUCGGGAGAGAGAAUGUUUCAGCAAAGAGCAGGGUUCUCUUUAGCUGGAGUCUGUAUGUAUAAAAUGCCUUGGGUUUCUUUAUAAUGUGGAGUUAACUUUUGUUUAGCAUUUUUUUUCCUCCAUUUUGUAGUUUAUUUUUGAAGUCAAGCGUAAGUUCACUUGUCUAUAUACCAGGCGCCCCAUUUGUAAAAAAAAUAAAAUAACAAAAUGUCCGAAGUAUUACAUUUAGUUAACAUCUUAUAAUAACAGAUAGCUAACCCCAAUUACAUUUAAAAAAAAAAGUUUUGAUGAUCUGAAAAUAGCUCAGGGAGACUUAAAGUUAAAUAAAAAAUUCUCAAUGAUUUAAUCAUUUUUUUCCUCUAUGUUUGAAUGCUUGGACUCACUGACAGAAUGUUUCAAUGUAUUUAUUGUAGGUUAGGCAAUAAAACAAUAUUUUUAAAAAAAAUUCAAUGGCAAUCAAAGUAUGUUGUUUUAUCAUCCAGUUGGUCUACGUGUAAAGGUUUGUUCAAGUAUUUAUUUUUGAAAAUGUGUCGUCGUCAGAAACUUAAAACCACUCCAUAAACUAGCCCCAUAUUUAGAGACCACAUAAUUUUAUGUCACAGCAUCAUUUUUUUAUUCUAUUUGUUUUCUUUUGAUUGGUUAAUAAAAUUGUAUUAUAAUGACCCUCUCAUCAUGUCAUGUGUCACUUUUAUUCUGAUGUUGUGGGUCAGAAGUGAUUAUAUGUUAUGUUUCAUAGAGCUAGAUGACCAGUGACUAUUCACUUGAUUGAGUUAUAUCAACUCUUGAAUGAUUUGACUGUGUCUGUGAACAGAAAAAUUGUUUUGUGUAAAUUCUUUAAUUUCAUGUAACCAAAACAAGAUAUUUUUAGUGUAGUGUAGUGUUUCCCAACAUGGGUUGCAAGGAAAAGUGGUUACAAGAACAGAUGAGUUAUUAGCUUUUAAGUUCUGAUAAGAAAUAUUUAUAAGGCAUGGCUUUUAUUAGAGAUAGGAAACUGGAGACCACUGUAGAGAUAGGGGACUGGAGACCACUGUAGAGUUAGGAGACUGGAGACCACUGUAGAGAUAUGAGACUGGAGACCACUGUAGAGAUAGGAGACUGGAGACUACUGUAGAGAUAAGGGACUAGAGAGACCACUGUAGAGAUAGGAGACUGGAGACCAUUGCAGAGACAGGAGACUAGAGACCACUGCAGUGACUGGAGACCACUGCAGUGACUGGAGACCACUGCAGAGACUGGAGACCACUGUAGAGACAGGAGACCACUGAAGAGAUAGGAGACUGGAGACCACUGUAGAGAUAGGAGACUGGAGACCACUGCGAAGACUGGAGACCACUGC